AUUAGCUCAAUAAUGUCUACGGUUUUAGUCACAGGCGCUACAGGACAUACAGGUGUAUUCACAGUUCUUGAAUACAUCAAGAAUGGUUACAAGGUUAACACCACUAUGAGAGAUAUCUCCCAGUUGAGUGAGGUUAAGGAAAUGAUCCAAAAGACUGGAAACUUGUCCGAUGAGGCGAUGAAGAAUAUCAGAUAUUUCCAAGCGGAUUUGGGCAAAGAAGAAGGCUGGAAAGAAGCAAUUGAUGGCUGUGAGUACGUUUGCCAUGUUGCUUAUCCGUUCAUCAACAAUGUUCCUCUUGAACAGAUUUAUGAUGCUGCUAUUACUGGAACCAUGAACCUUUUGAACUUGGCUGCCAAUACUGAAUCUGUCAAGCAAUUCAUCUUCUGUUCCAGUUUUGCAGCCAUUGGAUUUGCGGACUCAUACCCAGAAGGAACAAUUGUUAAUGAUGAUUCGUGGACCCCCGAAGACGCAAAAAUUCUUGACGGCUAUAUGAAGUCCAAAAUCUUGGUGGAGAAGAUGAUGUGGAAAUUCAUCAAAAGCAGUGAGAACAAGCGAGGUAUGUCUUUUACUUCAAUUGCCCCCUAUAUGAUCUCGGGUCCUCUUCCAUGGGGUUAUAGGAAACUCGUUGGGGUUAUGGGCCUUAUUAAGUUGUACAUUACGGGAGGAUUGGAUGUUAUCUUGCACUACCAUUUAAACAACUCCGAUGUUAGAGACCUUUCCAAGUCAUUUGUUUCUGCCACAAACAACAAAGAGGCCUUCAAUGAAAGAUUCCUUUUGGUUGAAGAAAAGGAACACCUCAUGUCUGAAAUAGUUGAUAUUCUCAAGAGAGACUUUCCAGCCAAGUACUCUGAGAAAGUCCCAACAGCAGUUAGUCCACCUUUAACUAUCUCCAAGAUCACCGACAGCUCUAAAGCUCGGAGAAUUUUGAACUUCAACCCUAUUCCAUUUGAGGAGUCCAUCAAGCAGUCCAUUGAGAACAUUAUUGAACGGGAAAAUCUCUGAGUCCGAUCCACAACUUCGUAUGGUUUAUAGAAAAUAGCUCUCUAAAUGCAAAGAGAAUUAUAAGU